AUGUCUUGGACCGGGUUCAAGAAAGGCGUCAAUCGCGCGACGACGCAGGUUCUUAUGAAGACUGGCCAAGUCGAGCGCACAAAUGACCGCGACUUCGAAACUGAGCAGCGCCGUUACCGCACCAUGGAGACCGCCGCGAACAAGCUUCAGAAGGAAGCAAAGGGCUACUUGGACUCUCUGCGCGCCAUGACCGCCUCACAAAUGCGCAUCGCUGAAACCAUCGACGCCUUCUAUGGAGAUGCAGGAACAAAAGACGGCGUGUCGCGCUCUUACAAGCAAGCCGUGACCGAUCUAGACGCCGAGACAAUCAAAGCCCUCGACGGCCCUUACCGAACCACCGUCCUAGACCCCAUUCAGCGAUUCUGCUCCUACUUCCCCGACAUCAACGCCUGUAUCACAAAGCGCGAACACAAGCAAAUGGACUACGACCGCAUGCGUGCACAAGUCCGAAAGCUCACCGACAAGCCUGACAAGGAUGUCACCAAGCUACCGCGCGCUGAAAAGGACGAACAAUUGGCCAAGGCCGCGUACGACCAGCUCAACGAUACCCUCACCACCGAACUUCCCCAACUUAUCGAUCUGCGAGUGCCCUACUUAGACCCAAGUUUCGAGGCGCUGGUCAAGAUUCAGUUGAGGUUCUGCGCGGAAGCAUACUCAAGAAUGGCGCAGGUACAGCAAUAUCUGGAUGCAAACACAAGAGAUCAGUAUGCACAGGGUGAGCUGGACGCACGGGUGGAAGAGGUGCUACAAGAGAUCCGGGACUUGAGCAUUGCGGGUACCGUAUAA